AUGGCACCUCUUUCGCCGACAUCAGCUGCCGCUCUUGAAAGAUUAAAGAAAUACACGCCUCCAGAGACAGUAUGGCCAUCGAUGCCAUUAUCUCGCAAGGCUGCUGUUUUGUUGCUACUUUUCGCCGAUCCCACCGGCGAGCUAAGGGUGGUCAUAACCAUGCGAGCUAGCACUCUGAAUUCGUACUCUGGCCAUGCAGCUUUGCCUGGCGGCAAGGCAGAAGAAGGUGAGACUGCAUUUGAAGCCGCCAGACGUGAAGCAUCCGAAGAAAUUGGACUUCCAAGACGCGAGAGUGCUCUACCGCCACCGUUCAAAGUCGAGCACCUCUGCGAAAUGCCUACAAAUCUAGCGAAGACGGAACUCGUCGUCCGGCCAUGUGUGGCCUUUCUACACUCUUAUGACCCGGAGACAGGACUCGAUGCCAGUGUGGCGGAAAAACUACUUCCUCGGUUGGACGCUCGAGAAGUGGCCGCUGUAUUUUCAGCGCCAUUCCGCAACUUUCUGUACCAUGAAGAUCUACCUGAUCAGUUUGACCUUCCCGGACAGCCAAGCGACUGGUACAAGGGCGCCUGGACCGACUGGCAUCAGAACAAAUGGCGGAUGCACAAUUUCUUUGUCCCAGUCACGAACCAGAUUGUAUCGAAACCCAAAAGAAACGAAGGACAAAAGGCUGCUGCUGAUCACCUGGACCAAUUAUCGAGGUACAGGGUGUUCGGCAUGACUGCCAGAAUACUGGUCGAUGCAGCUCGCUUGGCGUAUGACCAGGAACCGACUUUCGAACACAACAGCCAUUUUGGUGAUGAGGAGAUGAUUAUUCGAUUACGCAAGGUCGGACGACUGGGUGAAAUAAGAAGGCCAACUGAUGAACUUACUAAAGAAGAUCUGGUCAAAGCUGCAAAUUUGUGA